AUGACUACGCGAUCGAAGUCAAGUAAGCGUAACGCGGAGGAGAGUCAACAGGAUCCCGAGCAGGGAGACCGCAACGUACAGGAGGUUCCAGAGGCCGUCGGCGGAGCUACAUUGCAGCCGGCAGAAGUCCAGGCGAUCAUCAAGACCGCCGCUACGUAUUCACCGAGAUCACUUUCAUUCAAAUUAAAGAAGACUGGUGCUAUACCGAAGGUUCGUAAGGUUGCGGUACGGCAACCGCGAAAGAAGAAGGUCCCAGCGGGCGGCGAAGCAUCUUUUCCCGCGCAUCCCACCGGUGAGGCGACCGACGGCCGAGACAGGAGCAACACGCCGUCGUUACACUCGCAUCGGUCGAGCGCUAAGCGUGCGGAAAUAGAUCAAAUUAAAGCGUUGUUAGCAAAUCGGGCCGCGGAAGACGAACGACUAUUGAAUAGACUCGAACAGUUAGGUAGGUCGUCGUCGAGUGACAGUUUAGUGGAUGAACCGCGAGUGUCGGAAAAAGUGAAUGUUCCGUUAGAAACUGUUAAUAAAAUAGACGCUUGGCUAGAAUCAAGAAAGGUUAGACAGGGACUCCCGGAUGAGUCGCCACCGCGCCGGUACGAACACUACGAACGAGACGUAGGGCCGUCGCGUUCAGAAGCUUUGAAAACUGUCGGUGUAGUUCGUAAUCAACCGCGAGUGCAAUAUCAUAGGGACUUUGACCUUGCGCCCCGUCAGGGUGAGCGCGAGGACACGUCUGCCUAUGCCCGCGAGCCACAGCCGGCUCCGCCGAGGCAGCAGGCGGCCUACACGUCUACACCACGAGUGAAGAUAGAGCAGCAGGAGCGAGGAAUGAACGACACGGCGUUCAUGAGCGACGCUGCUGCAGCAUUUCAAGCCCUCGCCGAUCAACUAAAGGAUCUUAAACGCCCUAAGCCGCCUAAACAGGUAUACGAGCUCCCAUAUUUUAGCGGCGACACGAGCGAGUGGCAGAUAUUCUUCAAGGCAUACGAGGAAACAACAAAAAGGUACGAAUUCAGUGACUAUGAAAAUAUGGCGCGUCUUCGUAAUUCAUUACGAGGGGAGGCGCGCGCCUGUGUACAUCACUUGUUGGCUACGGCGUCAGAGCCCGACUUAAUUAUUAGAAUACUACAGAAAAACUUCGGGCGAAACGACCUAAUUAUAGAUAGAGCUUUAGAAGAAUUGCGGAGAUUGCCGAACGUCGGAACGAGCGCCCUUGAUUUAAAUAAUUUCGCUACAAAGGUUGCAAACAUUGUAAGUACUCUAAUACACGUGGACAAGAAGAACUACGGAGAUAACCCGCUCCUUAUCAGAGAGGUAACUGAAAGGCUAAGCCCACAUCUGAGGUCAAAAUGGUGCUCGUACGCAGCUCAAAACAUGAGUAAAGGCAAAACUGAGCUAACGCUCUUAUCAAAGUUUCUAAUCGAGGAAAGCGACGUAGAGCUGCAGUUUAGUCACGUGAAGUCUAGUUUCAGGAGGCCUACUGUACAGCGCGAGCAGCCGCCGCGACAAUACGCGCCGCCACGAGAGACUCCGGCGCCGCGACACGAUUACAAGUACAGUAGAAAUUAUAAUAAUAAGGUUCGAACUCAGUCACUGACGCACAAGCCCCCCGAGAAAAGCUAUAACAUAACAGAGGUAAAAUCAGUAGAAGUUUGUUUGUGCUGCGGCGGAGUACACAGAAUUAGUGUUUGCAAGAAAAUGCAAGGUAUGUCUAUAGGAGAACGCCUACAGUGGGCACAGGGAAAUCAAGUAUGUUUUAAAUGCCUAGAAAGGAGACACAGCCGUGAGCAAUGCCAGGCGAAGGGCUGCGGCGUAACCGGCUGUCGCUAUGUCCAUCACAAGCUGCUUCAUAGUAAUGAAACAACGUCGCGAACGCCGGGAUACCAAGCACCGCCCCCACCUCGCCCUUGUCCCUCUCGCACAGAGCCGAGCACAGAGGCGUGCGGUACGACUGAUAGCGAGCAGACAACGGCAACGACGGUAGUUAACGCUACAUCGGAUGAGGAGCAAAGUACAGCGGUACUGUUAAAGGUAAUUCCGAUAACUGUGGAGGGCCCGCUGAAGAGGGUCAACACAUACGCCCUUUUAGACGACGGCAGCUCGAUUUCACUGGCAGAACAAUCAUUAAUGGAAGAAGUCGGCAUCACAGGUCCACAGAUUCCCCUGAAUGUGAAUGGCGUUUUAGAUAUGAAGUCGGGGAAUCAAUUUAGUCGCCGUGUUAAAGCGAAGGUCAGAGGUCGUAAUCUGCCAGCCUACGAGGUCACGUUUAAAACAAUAGAGUAUCUCGGACUACGUAAACAAACAAUCCGUGAUGACGUUAUGAACUGCAAGCAUAUUGUUGAUUUUAAAAAGGAUGCCUGUUAUGACGGCACAGUGAGGCCAAGACUAUUAAUAGGGUCUGAUCAUUGGUAUUUAACUAUUCCAGAGGAGGUGCGAGUGGGUGAGAAGGACGAGCCCGCUUUAGUACGCUGUCGUCUCGGAUGGGUGGUCUACGGAACUACACCUGCCCACUUCAUGCGACUACUCGCUGAAGAAGAAGAAUACUCAGCACUGCACUGCCAUGAGGAGGAGGUCGAGCUGCACGACUUAGUAAAGUCGCAUUUCGAGAUGGAUUCACUAGGUAUAAAAAAUUUAAAUAAAAGUAACCCGGCAGAGCAACGAGCGGUCGAGAUCUUCAACCAAACCUGUAAGAAAAUUGAAUCAAAUAGGUACGAGGUCGGUCAGCUGUGGCGCAAGGACGACACAACGAUGCCACCAAGCUACACCAAUGCAAUAAGGAGGCUUCAUUCAACCGAGAGAAAAAUGAAACGAGACCAGGACUACUCGGAGGCAUAUAAGGCUCAAAUAAAAAAUCUGGUAGACAAGGGUUAUGCCGAAAAGGUCAACGAACGCCGGACGGAGAGUGAUUUGACCUUUUAUUUACCACAUUUUGGAGUGACUAACGUCAAUAAACCAGGCAAGUUAAGGCUAGUUUUUGAUGCUGCGGCAAAGGUUAAGGGUCAAAGUUUGAACGACCACAUUUUAGAGGGCCCCGAUCUACUACAGUCUUUACCAGGAAUAUUAUACAGGUUUAGAGAAGGGCAAUACGCAGUCGUCGCAGACAUCGCCGAAAUGUUCCUGCAAGUAAGGAUACGUAAGGAGGAUCAGCCGAGUCAGUUAUUUUUAUGGAGGGAGAAUAAUAAGAGCGUUCCUGAGGUUUAUAAGAUGAAUAGUAUGAUUUUCGGAGCAGCUUCGAGCCCGUUUUUAGCACAUUGCGUGCGAAAUAAGAAUGCACUAGAUAACGCAAAAGAAUUCCCAUUAGCUGUCGAGGAAAUAACUACUAACCAUUACAUGGAUGAUUUUGUAGCAAGUUUUAAAAAUGAAUCUGCUUUGGUUUCCAGCUCCCUGCAAGUAGCCGAGUGCCACGAGCGCGGCGGCUUCCAGCUUCGCGGGUGGUGCUCGAACAGCGAGCUACUCCGCAAGCAGAUACCAGCGGAGCUACAAACAGAAACACCCGCGAAGCUGGGUAACAAGGAAAGUAAAAUAUUAGGAUUAUUUUGGAACCCUCAAACUGACGAACUCGGCUUUAAUACGAAAUUAUUAAGAGUACCUCAGGAGGUCAAGGAUCAACUUAGAGCCCCGACGAAGAGAGAAAUGCUCUCAGCUGUCAUGUCCAUAUAUGACCCAUUAGGCUUAUUAGCGCAUUAUACUAUAUCACCGAAAUGUGUAUUACAGAAAAUAUGGAGUAAGAAAAUCGAGUGGGACCAGCCGCUGCCACCGGAGGAUGUAGAAGCCUUCAACGCGUGGCUGAGGGCGAUGGACUCCGUCACAGCCUUAAGAAUACCCCGGUGCUACUUCGCAGUGGACACGAAGUCGACGAAACAGCUGCAUAUUUUUAUGGACGCAAGUACUCAGGCCUACGCGUGCGUCGCAUACUGGAGAUAUGAGGUAGAGUCAGAUUAUGUAAUUACUCUAAUCGGCGGACGGAGCAAGGUGUCCCCGACGAAGCAGCUGAGCGUCCCGAGGCUCGAAUUACAGGCAGCUCUUAUAGGCUCAAGGUUAAAGGAGACUAUACUGAAACAUCAUCGUUUCGACGUUGAAAAGGUCUGUAUGUGGACUGACAGCUCAACGGUUCUGCAUUGGGUGCGAAACGGCGCUAAACGCUACUCGAUGUACGUGGCAAACAGGCUAGGCGAGAUAGCAGAGCUCACUCGAACCCAUCAGUGGAGAUGGGUACCAACCAAAGUUAACCCGGCAGACGUGGCUAGUCGACCGGACAUGAAGCGUCAGGUACAUGCGCAUAGCCUUUGGUAUGAGGGACCAGACUUUUUGAGGCAGCCGGAGUCUGAGUGGCCUCAAGAACGUCCGGUAGAGGGCGACACUCGCCCUGUAGAGCCCGAAGGGCUAGAGGAGUUACACCAUCUGAAGAAAGCAGAGCACCUACUGUUCCAGUAUUCGCAGAAGCAAGCCUUCCCCGACGAGCUACUAAGGCUGUCACGAGGGGAGCCUAUACCGCCGAGCAGCCGGCUCUACGGCCUGGACCCGGUGCUAGAGGAGGAUGGACUGCUGAGGAUGCGUGGACGCAUCAACGCCGCACCGGUCCAGGGGCUGAACAAAAGGCCUAUCAUACUGGAUGGCAAAAUUAAGUGCGCCGAGUAG